CAUCCUUCGUUUUGCAGGCAAAGUAGGCUCAUGAGCUAGGUAAUCUUUGAGACGACGUGGUUUUCUCUACAUCUAAAAAAAGAAAAAGGGAACGCUGUACCAGGCUACACCACUCUUAUCGCUAUUCUCUCUGCCCCGCAGGAAUCCUUUCUCUUCUCUCUUCGCUCUAAGCUACCAGAAACAUGCUGGGGUCGUUUCGGAACCCUUCCCAGUCUGCAAAGAAGCAGCAACUGAAGCAAGAAAGAGAAUGGUUAGCAUUAAGCUUCAGGCCAGAGAACUUCAUUCCAGGCCUUGUCAUUGGUUUCAUUUUUGGGUUGUUAUUGGAUCUUUCAAAGCCCUCCAAGAAUCAUAUGAGAAAGCAAAAUUUCUCACCGGGCAAGCCCCAACAAGAAUAUCUGGGCUCAAAUAUCGAUGACCAAGAGAUGAAAAUGGUUUGUCCUGUUAUACUUGAAUUUGUAUCUUCAAAUGCACAACACAAUAAAGCCGUUGAAAUUUCUAUGGGACACCCAAGCGUGAACCUUAAGGUUUUGGUAGUUAGACAAGACCUGAAGAUGAAAUCAGGAAAGAUUGCAUCUCAAUGUGCUCAUGCUGCCACUGGCAUGUAUGCAGAACUGAUGCAAAGGUAUCAUUGUACUGAUUAUGAUUCUCCUCAUCCUUGUGCAGAGGAACCUGCAUUCUCAUUCCUCAGAGUAGUUGUGCAUUUGGCUGAAAAUUUCAACCGACCCCUUUUGAGACAAUGGGAGCAAUGUGGGCAGCCUAAAAUAGUUGUUACGUGCAAGAAUCAACAAGAAAUGAACAAGCUUAAGGAUGCAGCUGAGACAAUUGGCCUUCCAACUUUUAAUGUUGCUGAUGCUGGAAGAACACAGGUUUUGGCUGGAUCCAAGACGGUUCUCGCCAUUGGACCUGGACCAAAAGCAUCUGUAGAUUCAGUGACAGGAAAACUGUGCCUUCUCUGACGUUGUUGAAGAGCCAAGUCCCAUCUGACCAAGUCUAAAAGUUAAAUUCUAGGUUGAUUUGCUGCAGAGCAAUUGUUUCUGCAUCUCUGAUAGGGUAAUGUUUGAUGUCUAAAUAUAGAAUUCGAGGAAAGAGAAAGGUAGUUUAGUAUCAAGUUGGAGCUAUUUAGAACUAGCCAAUUAAGAAUUCUCAGAUGUACUAGUACUAGCAAGUGCUUCCUAUGUUCUGAUCCCAAUUUUAGGGGCGGUCCGAUUUUGGUUAUACAUACCAUUUCACCUGUAAACUGCCCAUUUUCCAAGGCCAACUAGUUUUUUUGUCCAAAACUAGAACCUCUAUUGUUCUAGAAGAGGACUGGACUUAGUCAAAUGUAAGAUUUCAAUUUUUAUAUUUAAUAUUCUUUAUUUUCGCAA